CCCCUCACUGACACGACCCGGGGCAUGGGCAGUGCUCUAAAACCGUGAACAUGGAGCUAAAUACUGCAAACAUGAAGCGCUGUGAUGGAAUUUUGUGCAAGAAUUAUGUCCAGGAAUUUAAUAAAAUCUCUGCAACAGACCCUCCAGCUGGUUGCACUUGUAAAACAGCAGACAUUCCCAGCAGGCGUUAUUUGGGACACCGGAGGAGCGUCGCAGCACUCAACAGUUCUGCUUCGUCGCUGGGGUUUCUCUGCAAGUCAGUUUGGAGAUGGUCCAGGGGGCCGUGCUCUGUCUGUCCGUCUCCCUCCUGCUGGGGGUCUGCCUCCCAGCAGAGGGAGCAGAGGCAGCGGGGCCUCUUCCUACUCUCUCCCCUGAACAGUCCUCUGGGGAAACAGAUUUGGAGUGGGGCUCUGGAUCUUCCUUUCUGCACCUGCUCCACAGCUUCCCCGCUGACAGCCCCUUCAUAACAGAGACCCCAGGAAAACCAGUGAACUGCAGCCAGCGCUUCUGGUUGCCACCAUCCUCCGCAAUCUGCUGGGAAAACAUAGCCGGACCCGAGGAGUUUGCCAGGUCCCGUCUGCUUGUUCUCCAGAACAGGGCUUCCCUGCAGGCUGUGUCCACCACCAGCGGGGUGGAAGAGGGCGGGAUCUCCUAUGAACACCAAGCCAGAGAGGAGGUUCAGGGGAUCCAUUCGGACCACCUGAGUGUGGUGGAAACUAUGCAGACCAUGGAGAAGGUGUUUGUGUCUCUGGAGGAGACAAGGAAGGAGGGGAAGGAGCAGGGGGUCUUCACAAGCAUGAAGAAGCAUCUUGCCAAAACAAGAGAAGCCAUAAGUGGAAGAGAGCACAUGGCAAACAUCCUGGAGAAUCAUUUUUCUACUUUAGAGAAUACUCUGCUUAACAUGCAGCUUCGACUCAACAAAUUCAUCCAACACUGACAAGGACCGGUUGCCUUUUUCUUCCCCUAUUUGAGCUGUAUUUAUAGAUUCAUGAAUUGCACAACAAUGUAGCAAAUGCAUGCAUGCCCAGGAUUGUGUUAGUCUUUACUAUGAGCACAAAAUAUGCAGCUUGUCAUCAAAACACCUUCAAGUAACAUGUGUAAACUGGAAUCAGCAGAUAAAUAAACCUCACAUAAUCAGGGAGAUUUGAAGAAUAUGUAGCUGUUAAAUCACGUUUUACUUUUGCAGACAUGUUCCACAUGUAGAUGUUAUGGUCACGCCAACAGCCUCUAGUAAAACCGCAAGACACUUUUGAAGCUUGGAACAGAAUAACCGACUUGUUUAACGCAUCAUUCAACAUUAAUAAAAUGCAUUUUCAUACUCUCCAAGGUUGUGGUGUAAAAUACAUGAAUAUGAAUGAUCAGACAGCAUGAAUCUUUAUUUUAAUAUCAAAUCUAAACAAUUAAUUUGUAAAUGCACAAGUAUGAUGCAUUGUCAGCUGUUAUAUACACUUUAAAUAUUCACAUCUAUUAGGCCAAGUCUGAAUUUAUAUUUGGAAAAGACGCAACAUGUUCAGUUGCUUUGACGCUGGAAAAAAAAAGCAGUAUUUGUAUUUAUGAUAAACUAAUCAUGACUAAAACAUGACAAGAACUUUAAAAAACUAUCAUGUAUAA